AUGGGUUGCGGCGGCUCCAAACCCUCGCCUUACUAUCACUACCCCGACACUCCUUACUACCACGCCAAACCCACAUAUGGACGACCUCCUCCCCGAAAGUCGAGACACGCCCACGGCUACCGAUCAGGCUACUACACCAGCUCAGGGGCUGGGUUCUUUGGUGGAGGUGGAGGUUGUGGUGGAGGUGGAGGAGGUGGUGCUUCUGGAUGUGGAGGGGGCGGGGGAGGGGGCGGGGGAGCCACGAGCGACCGAAGCGGCCAAGACGCACUGUGCCGGGUUGGAGCCAUCGGGUUAGAACGCCUCUCCAGGGGCAGAGUAGAAGUACUGUGA